GAGUUGUAUAUAAGAACAAUAUUGUGGCCGGGUUUAAUUCGUAGAAUCCGAAACAAUGUUACGAAUUUGUGGAAUAGACGUUGUUGUAAACUCGUGUGUGUAACUCUGUAAACGUUAUGUUGUGAUUGACUCGUAGUAGUGUGGACGGCAUGAUACUGCUGCGGAGUGGGUGAGAAGACGAACUCAACUUGUAAGUUUCAAUUUCAAGACAAAACAGAAAUUUGCAUCAUUCGCAGACACCUGAUUUCUCCUCCAUGUGAACAUACACUCUUCUUGUUGUUUUUUUUCGCUGGAAAUUUAUACACUGUGGAUUUCAUCAAAGUUCACAGAGCAGUCAAAGUAGGCUCAUCUAAUUGUGUCAGUACCUCAUUGGUGGUUUGUAAAUGCUACCAGUUGUUCCAGAAAAUGCAUCCCCGCAGACCCCCCAGGCUCCUGCCUUGCCCCCAGUACCCCCUCCCCCGGCCAGGGAGGGGGGCGGGGGAAGAAAGGAAAGCCCGUCCAAUGGAAAGGGUAAACACAACGGCUCCCCAACAUCGGCGGAGUCCAGCAAGCAUCAUUUCCAUCUUGAGUUACCAGCGGUGAUCAAAGAUCCAAACACGGGGAAGUCUUACCACCGAGGGCGUCUGUUGGGAAAGGGUGGCUUUGCCAGAUGUUAUGAGCUCAUUGACUUGGAGACGAGGCAGGUUUAUGCAGGCAAGAUUGUCCCUAAGGCUCGCAUCGCUAAGCCUAUACAGAUGGAAAAGAUGCAGCGAGAGAUUCACGUCCAUUCGCUCCUCAAACAUCCCAACGUGGUCAGUUUCCAUAGGCACUUCGAUGAUGAAGACAAUAUUUAUAUCAUCUUGGAAUUAUGCAGCAGGAAGUCUUUAGUACAAAUGUUAAAGCUACGCAAGACCUUCACCGAGCCAGAGGUGCGGUACUUCAUGAAACAGAUCAUCGAGGGAGUCCGCUAUCUCCACAGUCACUGUGUCCUACACAGAGACCUGAAACUAGGCAACAUGUUCCUGACGGAUGACAUGGGGGUCAAGAUUGGGGACUUUGGGCUGGCUGCCAAGCUGGAGUUCCAAGGUGAUCGCAAGAGGACAAUGUGUGGUACACCUAACUACAUUGCCCCAGAAGUCUUGGGCAAGAUCGGCCAUAGCUUUGAGGCCGAUGUCUGGGCUCUUGGCUGUAUACUCUUUACAAUGUUGGUCGGGAAGCCACCAUUUGAGACCAGCUCCCUCAAGGAAACCUACUCUCGUAUCAAGCACAAUAAAUACAUCCUCCCUGACAGUCUCUCGCUGGGUGCCAAGUCCAUCAUCACAGCCCUCCUGUCCUCAGACCCAGAUGAACGGCCCCCUCUAGAGGCCAUCAUAGACCAUGAAUUCUUCACCGAGGGUUACAUACCCGAGACGUUAUCGCCUACCGCUUGUACAACAGCGCCCUCAUUUCCGAUCACUAAGGUGCUGAUCAGUGACGGCUCGGGCGGGAUUGUCACCAACGAUUUUUGUCGGUUGAGGAGGGAGAGUACGUUACAGCGGAGGGACGUGACUGCGCCGUUAGCCCAGCUGAAAAUGUACUCCAGCGGUAACGUUCCACACGCACAGCAGCAGAAGUCGCCCACAAGUGUGUCUGGUGCCAAACAAGCUAGUACACCCAAACUGAGAUCAAAACAUGGCCAUGGUUCAAGACCUAAGACUCCUGUGACUUCGGCGUUAAAGACCGUCAUGUCAACAGUUACAGAGAAGAAGGUUGUCGUUAGCAGACGAUCAGCCCCAGUUAGCAUAGAAACGGUUGCUGAGAUGUUGCAAACAUGCAUAGAACACUUGCCAAGGGGUGAACAUCAAGGUACAUCCAAAUACAAAUCCCAAGCUAAUGAGGUGUUGUGGGUCACCAAAUGGGUGGAUUACUCUAAUAAGUAUGGCUUUGGUUACCAGCUCUCGGACAGGACUGUAGGCGUCAUGUUCAACGAUAAAUCUCGUAUCUCAUUCUCUCCAGACCGGAGUUCAGUGCAAUAUCUUUCAACGGAUGACAAGGCGCAUACAUUUAGUCUUUCUUCCGUGCCGUCGAGACUUUCUAAGAAAGUCACUCUCCUUGACUACUUCUCAACGUACAUGGAUGAACAUCUUGUGAAGGGCCCUUCAUCCGAUCCCUCCAGUCCAACGUCACCGAUUGGAGAUUUAAAGUCGAAUGAAGUGAGCGAGUGUGCCAUCCGAUCACCAUCACCGAAGCGUAAAGGACCCGACCACACCCAGGCAGUGGGCGGGGCAUGUCCAUACCUUGUGCAAUGGAACCGCACCCCUAAGGCAAUCGCUAUGUACCUCAGCAAUGGAACAUUCCAGAUGAAUUUAUUUGACGAUCACACCAAAUUGGUUCUGAAUCACAACGAUAGUGAUCACCUGAUUACGUAUAUCAACGAGGAGCGUAUCGCCAGCACCUAUCGUCUCAUCCAAGUCACCCACCACGGCUGCUCCACGGCAAUCGCUAAGAGGCUUCAUCUGGCGAGAGAAAGAAUGCAAGACAUGAUGGGAAUAGGGAGUGAUGCGUCAGAAGAUGACGUGGAGGAGAGUACUGACUUAUAGGAGUGCAUCUUAUAAGGAUCUUGCCUUCUCCAAGUGGAGGUAAAAGAACGAUUCCCAUUAUGAGAACGCUCCAUUUAAAGGCACUGGACACUAUUGGUAAACUACUCAAAAUAAUUAUUAGCAUAAAACCUUACUUGGU